GGGGCCAGCGGGCGGGGCGCGCGCUCUCCCGGCCCGUGUGGAGCUCGGCGGCUGCAGACGCGGCGGCGGCGGCGGCACGGCAGGCGGCGGCCUCGGGAGCGGCAACAUGAGCGGGUCACAGAACGAUGACAAAAGGCAAUUCCUGCUGGAGAGAUUGCUGGAUGCAGUAAAGCAGUGCCAGAUUCGCUUUGGAGGGAGAAAGGAGAUCGCUUCAGACUCUGACAGCAGGGUGACCUGUCUGUGUGCCCAGUUUGAAGCUGUCCUUCAGCAUGGCAUGAAGAGGAGCCGAGGAUUAGCGCUCACGGCUGCAGCCAUCAAGCAGGCGGCAGGCUUUGCCAGCAAAACUGAGACAGAGCCCGUGUUCUGGUUCUACGUGAAGGAGGUCCUCAACAAGCACGAGCUGCAGCGCUUCCACUCCCUGCAUCACAUCACUGCAGACGUGGGCCGAGGCCGGGCCUGGCUGCGCUGCGCCCUCAACGAGCACUCCCUCGAGCGCUACCUGCACAUGCUCCUGGCUGACCGCGCCAGGCUCAGCACAUUCUAUGAAGACUGGUCUUUUGUGAUGGAUGAAGAAAGGUCCAGCAUGCUCCCUACCAUGGCAGCUGGUCUGAACUCCAUACUCUUUGCAAUUAACAUUGACAACAAGGAUUUGAAUGGGCAGAGCAAAUUUGCCCCCACUGUCUCCGACCUCUUAAAGGAGUCUACACAGAAUGUGACGUCUUUGCUGAAGGAAUCCACGCAGGGCAUGAGCAGCCUCCUCAGGGAGAUCACAGCAUCCUCUGCUGUCUCUAUUCUCAUCAAGCCGGAGCAGGAGACUGACCCUCUGCCUGUCAUAUCCAAGAACGUCCAUGUUGAUGCCAGAUGUAAAAGGGAGAGGAGGAGGAGGAGGAAGGUAACCAACAUUGUCUCUUUUGACGAUGAUGAGGAGGAACAGAACAUUGGGGACACUUUAAAAAAGAUGCCUGGGACCGCAGAAAGCUCGGAGGAGAACUCUGACCGCUCCUCCAUCAACAUCAUGUCAACCUUUGAAAGCCCAUUUGGGCCAAAUUCCAAUGGGAGCCAAAGCAGCAAUUCAUGGAAAAUUGAUUCUGUAUCUUUGAAUGGGGAGUUGGGCUACCAGAAGCUUGAUGUGAAAAGCAUCGAUGAUGAUGUGGAUGAAAAUGAGGAGGAUGUGUACAGGAACCCAGCAGGAAGGAAGCACACGGGCCACUCUGAGUCGCCAGACAAGCCACUGGAUGCGAGCACCUGCCUCCCCCCGGUACCUGGAUGGGCCCCGCUGCAGGUGCUCCACGGAGAUGCUGAUGCCGACACUGACGUCCUCUUCCCUGUCAGUGGAGUGGGCUCCUAUGGUGCAGCAGAUGCCCCUGUGGGAAGUCUGGAGAAUGGGACAGGACCCGAGGACCACAUACUUCCAGAGUCUGGCCUUCGGUACAGUAUGGAAGCCAGUUCUCCAGGCCGCGGAAGUCCCCUGAGUAGCCUGUUACCAUCGGCCUCAAUGCCUGAGUCCAUGACAGUUCAUGAGCUACGCCAAGCCAUCGUGGCCAUGAUGAACAGAAAGGAUGAACUGGAAGAAGAGAACGGGUCACUGCGGAAUCUCCUUGAUGGUGAGAUGGAGCACUCAGCCGCACUCCGGCAAGAGGUGGACGCCUUGAAAAGGAAGGUGACAGAGCAGCAGGAGCGCCAUACCACAAAGGUCCAGGCACUGGCAAGAGAAAACGAGGUGCUCAAAGUCCAGCUGAAGAAAUAUGUAGGAGCUGUCCAGAUGCUGAAAAGAGAAGGUCAAACAGCAGAAGGAUGGCUUCAAAACUACCAUUCUCCUGCCCAGAACUCCCCUGCUGUAAUCCCUGGGAUUUCAGUUGUACCCAGUCUUUGGAACAUUGAUGGAGAAGUUACAGUCCCUGAACAGAAGCCUGGCGAAGUUGCUGAGGAGCUGGCGAGCUCCUAUGAGAGGAAGCUCAUUGAGGUGGCUGAGAUGCAUGGGGAGCUGAUUGAGUUCAACGAGCGUCUACAUCGGGCCCUGGUGGCCAAGGAAGCCCUGGUGUCCCAGAUGAGGCAGGAGCUGAUUGACCUCCGAGGCCCUGUGCCUGGAGAUUUGAGCCAAACAUCUGAAGACCAGAGCUUGUCCGAUUUUGAAAUAUCAAAUCGAGCACUAAUCAAUGUCUGGAUCCCGUCCGUGUUUCUCCGAGGCAAAGCAGCCAACGCGUUCCACGUGUAUCAGGUCUACAUCCGGAUAAAGGAUGACGAAUGGAACGUGUAUCGGCGGUACACUGAGUUCCGGGCAUUGCAUCACCAGCUGCAGAGCGCGUUCCCGCAAGUAAGGGCCUACAACUUCCCUCCCAAAAAGGCCAUCGGAAACAAGGAUGCCAAGUUCGUGGAGGAGCGACGAAAGCAGCUCCAGAGUUACCUCCGCAGCGUCAUGAACAAGGUCAUCCAGAUGGUUCCUGAGUUUGCUGCCAACCCCAAGAAGGAGACCCUGGUGCAGCUGGUGCCCUUCUUUGUGGAUAUUACUCCACCUGGAGAACCGCUGAGCAAGAACAGCAGACCCAAAGUAGCCUCCCGCUUCCCUAAGCUGUCCCGAGGCCAACCCAGGGAGAUACGCAAUGUGGAGCCUCAGAGCGGUGACCUCUGACCUCAGUGGAAUUCCAGACUCCAGCCACUUUGUGCUCAACCUAGCCAUGGCCGCUGGCUCUGGACACCUUGGCAGGAUGACCAUGUCCCCACAAAGAACACACUCUUCCUGCUGCCGCACGCAACCCAAUUAAAUUGGUCAGUUUCAGCUGUUGGGUCCCUGCUGGGCAUUGCUCACUGGACAGACAAGAUGGGGACACUCUCACUACCCCCCAGUGUGGCCAAGGCUGGGUGUCACCUCCUGCAGUUCUGCCAGCAGGUCAGUGGGUUCUGGGACCCCUGGUUGAGAUGCACAACACACGGGCAGAAGGAUCCUUCAGAUGCCACCCAUGACGCUUGCCCAUGUGGGAACCAGCAUGACUGACACUCUUGGAUUUCCUCCUGAAGCAACUGCCUGCUGCAGCCUGUGAAUGGAGACUCCUCCUCCCUUUCCUCUUUCCCCUGUGGUAGUUAGACACCAAGCAGCAUGACCACAUGGCUGCUGUGGCUGGGAUUUCUCCAGGAAUAGUCCUCUAGUGGCCUAACAAAGGCUUUGGCAGUGACUGGUCCUUGAAAAACUUAGCCUUCCCUCCUGUUGCUGGCUCCAGGAAGCACCAUCCAUUCAGGAAACCUGAGGCUGCUCCAGCAAGGGCAACUGGAUGGACCUGAGGGGUUCCACCAUCCAGCCCAGCCCAGGACAGCCUGGAGACCCCGAGGAGGACAUCCCUGGUCCUAGAAAUGGUGGUUGUGACCUCAGAUCACUGGAGAUUUGGCUUUGGGCAUUACUGUGGCAAGCCGGCCCUAUGGAGUCUCAGACCCAGUGCCAGAACUGAGCCGAGAAUGAUUGUCCCCUGAAGUUGUUUAGCACAAACUGUCCCUAACGUGUUUCAGUGGGAGCAGAAUGCUGUGUCCCCCAGGACGAUGUUCUCCUCUUGCUCUCCUCUCAGGGUACCAUCCUAGAGUCCAAGGCUCACAGGCAUGGAGUGGAAAAGAACCAGCUGCUUGGCAGCUCUGACUCUGCCACCAAGCCUGGGUCCCUCUGCGUCUCAGGACCCACUCUCAGUGGUCUUCUCCCCAGGUCAAAACCUCCUUGGUGUCUUGGUAUAGCUUGGAAGAGCUUGCAAAAGGGACCAUGUACCAAGCAGUGUGCACAUCUCUGCCUGCCAAGGAGUUUCCAGUGGCAUCUCUCUAGGGGAGGCAACUGGAAAUGCCUGAAUGUGGGCUGGAAGGGCUUCAGCUCAAAGCUGGACCUUGCCAAGUGGGCUGGGGGAGCAGGGGUUUUCCUGGCCCAAGGAAAGCUUGGAGAAAGUUCCCUAGAAGAUGAGAGAACUUCAGAGCACAGGGAGACAGAGAGGCCUGAACAGUUCCAAUUCCUUGGGCCAGAUGGGCUGUGCACAGAUGAGGCAGAAUAUACACACGCAUACGCACACGCACACGCGCGUCCUCCCUUACAGCUGGGAUCAGGAGUUGGGGGAAGCAGGGAACCAUCUUCAGCCUGCUGGGAAGGAAGGACCCAAGAAGUUUCUCAGCCCUAGAAACCCAGCAUGGUUCCUCUCUUGUCUGCCUGAGAGGCCAUAGGCUCCACACAAGCCCCACACCUAGAAUGUAGGUCAGAGAACUGGACCUAGUAGCCAGAAAGGCCCUGUGAGACUCUGGUAGGCCAAGUCCGCCUCCUGAGCUGGGGUACUCAGCAUGGAGACACUUUGUAUUCUGUCAUGUUCUGUAAAGAAAGGAUCCUGCACCCUCCCACAUCUCCCACAGCCCAGAGUCCUGAGUAGCAGGUCUUUGGGUACCUGGCUCAAACACACAUCGCUAAGAGGCUCUCUCACUGUAGACACAACGUAUAGAAUAAUCUUUCACAUUCAGCACCUGCAGUUAAAGCAGAGAAAGGGAGGAAGGAAGGAAAGAAGGAAAAGAAAAAAGAAAAGAAAGAAGAAAGGCACCCAGAGUAAAAUGCCUUGGUUUUCAAGGAUUAAUUUUGGGAAACUUGCCCAACUUUGCCGUAAUGUGGAUGUGAGAACUUAGUUCUGGGGACCGUGUGGGCCUUUGGUUGCUUGAUACCUGCCUCCUACCCACUCCUUCUCCCCUGUGGGGAUUGACACUGGGGCCUUGCAAGUACUGGACAAAAGCUCUCUAGUGAGCCACACUCCAGCCCUGCCCACACCGUUCCCACAGAGGCCUAGCAAUCACUCUCGGCUCCAGGUUGCCCAUCUCAUUACCUCACAAGAGCAUGUGAGCCCCCUGGAACUUGGGCAGAGCAGUACAGGGUGGGGUCGGGUGAUAGAAGGCUUUCCCCACAAUGCUCCCUAGAUGUGAGGCCCAAAGUCCAGAGAAGAAUGCAGAGCCAUGGCCACCCAGUGGGUCUGACACAGCCUCAGCUCUUCGGGACACUGUUUCCCAACCUUGAGCCUGACUGUGGCCUUGGCCUACUUGUGGCUACUGAAACUUUGUUCUUGGAACAGUUCACAUGUCCUGAGGCCCAGGUCACAGUGUUCUAGGCCUUGGCUCCUGGGCCAUUACUCCAGCUUCAUCGGUCUGUGUAAGACACAACUGUUGUAUAAACAGAACUGGUCCCCAAGGAGAGCCUGGGCCCUGGUCUCCCAAGUCUACCACCAGACUCCAUCUCUGUGGCAGCCUGCACCUGCAUACACCCACCCAGCUGUGCCCAGCUGAGGGCUCAGAGGCUUAGGUCUUCAGCCACCAGGACGAGCCAGGAACAGUCUAGCCAUGAUGUCCUGCCCUUGCCCUGCUACACUGGCUGGGAGGCCUGCCAGGAGGAGCAGCCUCAAGCCCAUGGCAAUAAGUCCUAAUGCUCAACACUCUCACUAGGGUCAAUUCCACCCAAAGCUGCCUCCUGGCCUGAGGGCUGUGACCAGAAGGCAGGUGCCUCCUCAUGAACAAGGUCUAUUGUAAUGAACAUUCUUCAAAAUAUUGUGCAUUAUUUCAUUAAAGCUAGUGUUAAAUGUUUGCUGUUUAGGUUGGUUCUAUGCUAACUUUGCACAACUGUAGCACUGUAUAUUUUAGCUAAUAUUUCUGUGCCAAAAAGUUCAGCUCCCUGUUGCUAUCACAUGUGGUCUCCAUUAUGCUGCUGAAGUAAAGUGUAGGCAGUGGAUGGGGAGGGUAGAGAGCACAGUAGCAGGACUGGAGUGGAUGUUGUGUCAAGGCUUGGGUUCACUUCCCACUGGGGCCAUGUUCUCCUGCCUUGUAGACACUGCUCACCACAUGUUCCAGCCACCACCUACAACCCGCUCAGCUCCACUUCUGCCAGGGAGACCACUUGACCACAUGGAGGUUUUCUGUUUGGUUGUUUUGUUUUCAUCAGUGGGAUGGAUUGGGAAUCCCCAGCAAGAAUUGGGACAUACGGCACGAGACAGUGGGUUGCACAGGAGCCAUAGUGUUGCUGAGCACCUGGGAAGAGAACCCGAGCUGGGACCCCAGGGAGUGAGGGCCCUGGUUAGCUAUCUCCAUCCUCCCCAGGAAAGUUCUCGUAGCUGCUGCAGCCCUGUGUCUGGAGCCUGGGGUGUGAACAGCCCGGAAGUCUGAGCAUGUGCUAUCCCAACUCCCCUCUUAGGUUAAGGUUUACACAAUAGAAUUUUUAAACAAAUCUGUUUAAUUUUCUAAAAUCUCUUGUAUUAAAUUUUUCUUUUGGAAUAAGCUGUGGAUUUUGUUACAAUCUGGUUGAGAGAAGCCUUUUCAGUGAGGGGAUUAAAAUGGCAUUUUCUAAAUUA